GGCGGCCGGCUCGCUGUGUGGCCUUGGCCAUGAAGCCACAGCCGCCCGGCUAGGCCUGGGGCGGCUCCAGGCCUGGGCCGGUCCUCCGGCUCCGGUUCGCGGGGCGGCGCGUGGCCGCUCACCAUGCCCGGCAAGCACCAGCAUUUCCAGGACCCUGAGGUCGGCUGCUGCGGGAAAUACUUCCUGUUUGGUUUCAACAUUGUCUUCUGGGUGCUGGGAGCCCUGUUCCUGGCCAUUGGCCUCUGGGCUUGGGGUGAGAAGGGCGUUCUCUCCAACAUCUCGGCGCUGACAGAUCUAGGCGGUCUUGACCCUGUGUGGCUGUUUGUGGUGGUUGGGGGUGUCAUGUCGGUGCUGGGCUUCGCCGGCUGCAUUGGGGCCCUACGGGAAAACACCUUCCUGCUCAAGUUUUUCUCUGUGUUCCUGGGCCUCAUCUUCUUCCUGGAGCUGGCGGCAGGCAUCCUGGCCUUUGUCUUCAAGGACUGGAUCCGAGACCAGCUUAAUCUCUUCAUCAACAGCAAUGUCAAAGCCUACCGGGAUGAUAUUGACCUCCAGAACCUUAUUGACUUUGCUCAGGAAUAUUGGUCUUGCUGUGGAGCCCGAGGACCCAAUGACUGGAACCUCAAUAUCUACUUCAACUGCACUGACUUGAACCCAAGCCGAGAGCGCUGUGGGGUGCCGUUUUCCUGCUGUGUUAGGGAUCCUGCGGAAGAUGUCCUCAAUACCCAGUGUGGCUAUGACAUCCGACUCAAGCUGGAGCUUGAACAGCAGGGCUCCAUCUACACCAAAGGCUGUGUGGGCCAGUUUGAGAAGUGGCUGCAAGACAACCUGAUUGUGGUGGCCGGGGUCUUGGUGGGCAUCGCCCUCCUCCAGAUAUUUGGCAUCUGCUUGGCCCAGAACCUCGUGAGUGACAUCAAGGCAGUGAAGGCCAACUGGAGCCUGCUGUCUCAGACCUCUCCAUACUCGCCGUGACCUUGAGCCUGCCAGGAGCCCGCCUUGCCCUCAGUGUCACAGCCUCUGAAAGGAGUCCAAGAAUUUUCUCUCUCUCUCGCUUGCCUCUCAGGAUCACACAUGGUGAUGGCUACAAACUACUCAAUAAACAACACUUUGAAAAACAGUGGGUUAUGCUCACCAUCUCUGAAGGUUCUGUUGGCCGCAGGGCCUCUACAGAGCUCUCCGGUGAGGGCCCUGGCCUGAACCCAGCCUCCCAC